AUGAGAUAUAUAUAGUAUAUUUAUUUAAUUUUUUUAUUUUAUAAUUCAGUAAUUGGAAGGCUACAGCAGCUAGCUGGAGAAGAAAACUCCUUUUCACACGAUGCUUGGGGUUUCAGGCAUCAUCGGAGCCGCCACCACCGCCGCCGCCGCCGCAGUCGACGGAUCCAAGGCAGAGAAUAAUCAGGAGAGCGGCGGAGGCAGCGGAGGCAGCAGCGAGGUCGGCGCAGGAGGCGGAGUGGAUGAAAAUGAGAGAAUUGGCGGCGGAAACCGGUGGCCGAGGCAGGAGACGGUGGCGCUGCUGAAAAUUCGAUCUGACAUGGAUGUUAGCUUUCGCGAUGCAAGCCUUAAAGGGCCAUUAUGGGAGGAAGUUUCCAGGAAAAUGGCGGAGCUUGGGUUUCAACGAAGCGCUAAAAAAUGCAAAGAGAAAUUCGAAAACGUCUUCAAAUACCACAAAAGGACCAAAGAUGGGCGAGCAUCCAAACAAGACGCAAAGGCGUAUCGAUUCUUCGACCAAUUAGAAGCUCUCGAAAACACCUCUCCGAAUAACCACCAUUUCAGCAAUCCACCGCCGCCUCCCUCCGCCGCAAUGCUUACUGUUCCAUCGGCGAGUCCGACGCCGCUAAGCGUGGUGCCUCCGCAGAACAUAUCCAUCGCGAAUCCGAUCAAUUCUUCUCAAUUUCAACUCCCGAUGUGGAAUAAUUCGAUGUCGUCGUCGACUUCCUCGGACGAGGACAUACAGCAGCGGAGGGGGCGGAAGAGGAAGUGGAAGGACUACCUAGAGAAGAUGAUGGCGGAGGUAGUGCAGAAGCAGGAGGAUCUGCAGAAGAAGUUUCUAGAAGCUCUCGAGAAAAGAGAGCGCGACCGCAUUGCUCGCGAGGAGGCAUGGCGCGUCCAGGAAAUGGCGAGGCUGAAUCGCGAGCGCGAUCUCCUCAUCCAGGAGAGAUCCGCCGCCGCCGCCAAAGACGCCGCCGUCAUCUCCUUCCUGAAGAAAGUCUCCGGCCAAGCCGAUCUCCAGAUCCCCACCACUCCGCCCCCUCCGCCUCCGCCGCCGCAGCCCCAGCCAACGUUAGACAUCACGCUGCACAGAGACAACAACGGCGGAGAUGAUUACAUCUCCGCCAGCUCGUCGCGGUGGCCGAAGGCGGAGGUGGAGGCGCUGAUCCAGCUGCGGAAGGAUCUAGAAGUGAAGUACCAAGAGAGCGGGCCGAAGGGCCCGCUCUGGGAGGAGAUUUCGAAGGCGAUGAGCAACAUAGGGUACAACCGAAGCUCGAAGCGAUGCAAGGAGAAAUGGGAGAAUAUCAACAAAUACUUCAAAAAGGUAAAAGAGAGCAACAAGAAGCGCCCCGAGGACUCCAAAACAUGCCCCUAUUUCAACCAGCUCGACGCCAUGUACAAGGAGCGGGCCAAGAGCCUCGUCCCCUCAUUCAACCUCGGGCCCAUAAUGGCCCAGCCCGAACAGCAAUGGCCUCAGCAGCAAAUGCAUGAGAGCGAACGACAUAACGGCAACAACGGUGAAGAUGAAAAUGAAGGUGAAGACGAGGAAGACGAAGCAGGCGAUUACGAAAUGGUGGCGACGAAGCAGCCGCCUUCGGUGACGAACGCAGUGGAAGGAGGCUAGAGAGAGAGAGAGAGAGAGAGGGGGGAGUAAAGAUGAAGGCAAGUGGGGGUGUCAGAUGUGGGCGGAGGAGAUAAGGAAAGGAGUCAGAAAAUGGGUUGGCAUUUUCAUUUUGAGAUGAAUGGUGGUGAAAACAAUUUAUAUUUUCACAGUUAAAAAUACAGUACUGCUUUGUUGGAGAAGAGAGGUUAAUUACCUUUUUUAUUUUAUUUUUUCCUAUAUGUUUGUUUUUAUAAAUUAAAUAAACUGAGGGACAGAUUAAAUUCAUCAACGGAUUUGGAAUUUUGUU